AAACAAACGCCAGAAACCGUAUCUUGUUUAUGAUGCAUUAGCUUUGCUAGCAUGGGGGAACUGUCGCUUAUGUGAGGGAUAUGGAACAUGUGAGCUGCGGCUCUUCUACAGAUUUAACUGUUAAUUUUAAUGUUUUGGUUUUUUCAAGGGCUGCUGGUGCCUGUGGCGAGCUGGCCCGACGUUCUCCUAGCAUCCAGACAGCUGUCUUAGCGACGGGAGCAAGCUGAGCUGUAGCGUCGGGUUGUUAGAAACGUCCACCGAAAUGUCGCUGCCGCCCGAGUGGGGCGACGAUCAGCGCAUGAAUUUCUUGUUCUCCGACUUCAAGGAGAACCGCGAUGUCAACACGACGGACUGGGACAGCAAGAUGGACUUCUGGACGGCGCUGAUCGUCAAGAGCUGCAGGGACCGCGGCUCCGUGUGCGUCAACCUGCAGGAACUCAGCAGGACCUUCCGGAGGAAAGAGAAAACCCCGCUCGGCCUGGCGACCGUCCUCCAGUCCAUGUCCAGAUGCGGGAGGAUUCAGAGGGAGUCGGAGUUCGCGGCCAACGUGGACAGCGGCUGGCUGUCGUGGGGCGUCGGCCUGCUGCUGGUGAAGCCCCUGAAGUGGACCUUCUCCACCCUGCUGGGCAGCAGCCGGGUGUCUGCGGAGGAGUCCUUCGUGGUCAUCGAGCUGGUGAAGGAGAAAGCAGCAGAAUUACUCAAAGCCUACCGCAGCAGCGAGUUUUCCAGCUGUGCCAUAGUGUCGUUCCCAGAGCUGUGCGGCCUGUCCUCCGACGUGUGUGCGGACGAGAGCACGCUGUGCAUGGCUCUGCUGCAGCUGCAGAGGGACAAACAAGUGACGGUUUCAGUGCACGAAGGCGAGAAGAUCGUGAAGUUCUGUCAGCCCGGGCAGGACCGAGUGUCUCCGGUCAGCGACGUGGAUGUGGGGAUUUAUCAGCUGCAGCGGAGUGAGAAGCUGCUGGGAGAGCGAGUGGAGAAGUUAAACCAGGAGGCAGACAGGUGCAAAGAGGAGGCAAGGGCUCUGCUCCGGAAAGGAAAGAAACCUCAGGCGCUGAGAUGCUUGAGAGGCAGCAAGCGAGUGGAGAAGAGAGCCGACAGCUUGUUGGCCCAGCUGGAGUCCAUCAGAGCCAUCCUGGACCGAAUCGCUCAGUCGCAGACCGACAAGAUGGUCGUGCAGGCGUAUCAGGCUGGAGUGGCCGCACUGAGACUCUCACUGAAAGACGUGACCGUGGAGCGUGCGGAGAAUCUGGUGGAUCAGAUCCAGGAGUUGUGUGACACUCAAGAUGAGGUGAACCAGACUAUAUCCGGCGGUGUGACCGCUGCGGAUGAAGACAUGGAUGAGCUGGAGGAGGAGCUGAAGGCUUUGCUGGACGAGUCGAAGCCAGAAUACGUCUCAGAUUUACCCGCCGUCCCCACGAGCGAUCUGCGGCCCCCCGGUGAGCCGACCGCCGCGUCUCUGCCCGCCGUCCAUCAGAGCCGCCUCAGUAUUACUGAUGAGCAGCUGGAAGAAGAGCUGAGUCAGUUAACUCUCACAGAUUCAGGCUUUCAACCUAAGAAAGCAACGUCGCCAGCCAGACGACUGGAGCCUGCUCAGUGACGCUCGGACGAGUCGCAGCAAGUCUCCAGGAAUCCAGCAGCAUAUCCAGACAAACUUUAUCUCCCGAAACCCCGCGUGAGUCCACGCAAGUAACAAAAGAACAACUCUGCUAAAGAAUAUGAUGGAGGGGUUACUAAAUCCAUGUUGAACUUUAAUAAAAAUACACAUCUUCAGUCACUGAAAGCAAACCAGUGAGGUUUGAUUCAGUUUUUCCCUCCUUUUGCCUUGAAUGCUUUCAGGUCUGUGUGCCAUAAAGAUUUAAACACAUCCAGUUUUAAUCCUUUUUUUUUUUGAUAAAGAUCAGGAAAAAAUCCUUGUGAUUUAAUGUGUGUGUGUCAGUGUGAAAACCUCCCUCAUCGACGGUCCUGUCCAGUGUAUUAAGUGGCCUUCUGAACUGUAAAAAUGAACCUAAAGUAAACAGAAUGUUAAGUCAAAUUAUUAGAACCCUGUGAGUGUGUGAGUGUAUAUACAGUACCUGUGAAACGAGUUAAAAAACCAAAUAUGUUCCUCAAAAAUAAACUUUAUUUUAAUCAUU